AUGUUGGGAACGAGUGAAUGGAAAAGUAGUCAAACCGUGCCUUACAAUAUUCCUGAUAAGCGACAAGCUGGUGUAUUUGUCAAUGGAGCCUUUCACUGGUUUGGCGAAGCGCGUGAGGAGAACUCAUUGAAGUUAAUAGUUUCUUUGGAUAUCAGCAACGAGAAAUUCGACAAAUUGCAACUUCCAAUAGAACUUGUAGAGAAGAAGCAUUCUUCAAUGAUCAUUGAUGUUUUGGCGUGGUGCCUUUGUGUACUCGUAAUGACUCAGGAUUGUUUUGAAGUUUGGGUGAUGCAAGAUUAUGGAGUUCAAGAAUCCUGGGUAAAACGUUAUAUCAUCGGCCAUGCAAGUAUAAUGACAAACUUCAACUUGAGGCAAAUGUGGUCUUUAUUGAAUGGUCAGAUUCUACUAGGGAAUCACAGUCAGUUAGUUAUAUAUGACCCGAAGCAUUCAACUUUCAAAGAACUCAAAUUUUCAGGUAAUCUAAGGCUCUUUGAUGCAAAAACUUAUGUGGAAAGUCUAGUUUCACUAAACUCAGGUACUUAUGCCUGUACGAAAAAAAAUAUGAUAGGAACAUCAAGAAAGGAGGCUUGUAAAGAACAAGAAAGAUAUGAACAUCACUAA